AUGGUCAUUAUUGGCAUCAAAUUGGAGAGAAUGAUAAUGCAACUUGCAAAAGAAGUUGCCAAAAAGCAUAAACAAGACAAAGACGAGUGUAGCGAAAAUAGUGAAGGGGACUUGGCCUUUGAAUUUUCAGAAGACGAUUUCUGGUUUGCCGGGCCAAAAUUGGUUGGCGACUUGCUUCACUUCCUGCUGUUUGUGAACUCUUUGGAGCUUGCUUUCUUCUUCUUUAUAAUGUUCCAGUAUGGUUUUCACUCGUGCAUUAUGGGAAAGGUUGGUUUUGUUGUCCCCCGAAUAGUAAUGGGAGUGAUCAUCCAGACUCUGUGCAGCACCAGAAUAUUACCAUUGCACGCGAUUAUACAAUCACAGAUGUAUUGGAGGAAGAAGCAAUCGGACAAGCGGAAAAAAAUAAGGAAGAUUAAGAUGCAUUUGGAGGAGUACCUAUCAAACAAACAUAUGGAAGGACUAUUGGAUGAAGAGGAAGAAAUGGAGAUCUUGAACUCGAUUUUGGUGAUGAUUAGAAAGGAGCCGAACUCACCGGAGGAGUCCACAAAUAUUGAACUGGCUCGGACGGAUUUGAGGGAAGGAUCUGUCAGGAGUAACGUCUCAGACUCGUAG